UCUAAAACCCUAAAAUAGGCUGAUAAAAACCUUGUCUCCCUUCUCUCAAAAGUAAAGAGAUUUCUACAGAAAACUCUCAUUUUCCGAUACCAAGGAAGCAAGCGUUAAUGGCUUCUUCAACGACCUCCAUUUCUAUUGGAUGUUCAGAAUUAACCUCUACACGCAGUAUCUGCUUCUCGAGGUCUCGCCGGAAGAGUUUCUGCAAUUUUAAGCGGCACAGUAGCGGCGUUUACUGCUCGCUUACACCGAUGGACUCCGCAAAGAUUAAGGUCGUCGGAGUCGGCGGCGGCGGCAACAAUGCCGUCAACCGCAUGAUUGGCAGCGGCUUACGAGGAGUGGACUUCUAUGCAAUAAACACUGAUGCUCAGGCGCUGUUGCAAUCGUCUGCCGAAAACCCUAUCCAGAUCGGAGAGCUUUUGACUCGCGGACUUGGUACUGGAGGCAACCCGCUGUUAGGGGAACAGGCGGCAGAGGAAUCGAAGGAAGCCAUUGCGAAUGCUCUCAAGGGGUCGGAUAUGGUGUUUAUUACAGCAGGGAUGGGUGGGGGUACAGGUUCUGGUGCUGCCCCUGUUGUUUCUCAAAUAGCAAAAGAUGCAGGCUACUUAACCGUUGGUGUUGUUACCUACCCAUUCAGCUUUGAAGGUCGUAAAAGAUCUGUGCAGGCUCUCGAAGCGAUUGAAAAGCUCCAGAAACAUGUAGAUACACUUAUAGUGGUUCCAAACGACCGUCUCCUAGAUAUUGCCGAUGAAAACACUCCCCUUCAAGAUGCUUUCCUUCUAGCAGAUGAUGUGCUCCGCCAAGGUGUCCAAGGAAUCUCAGAUAUAAUAACUAUACCAGGGCUGGUGAAUGUGGAUUUUGCUGAUGUGCAGGCGGUGAUGAAAAAUUCCGGCACUGCAAUGCUCGGAGUGGGUGUUUCCUCUAGCAAAAACCGUGCUGUAGAGGCAGCUGAACAAGCAACUUUGGCUCCUUUAAUCGGCUCUUCUAUUCAAUCGGCUACUGGAGUUGUGUACAAUAUUACUGGAGGGAAGGAUAUCACUCUCCAAGAAGUGAAUAAAGUUUCUCAGAUUGUAACCAGUUUAGCAGACCCUUCUGCAAAUAUUAUAUUUGGCGCGGUUGUGGACGAGCGUUUCAACGGUGAGAUCCAUGUCACCAUUAUUGCAACUGGUUUCACCGAAUCAUUUCAAAAGGCUCUUCUCACCGAUCCAAAGACUACAGCCACACCAGGCAGCUCCAAGUCGUCAAAUCCACCCGUCACCAAUAAUUCACCGACGCCAAAUAGGAGACUCUUUCGUUAGCCAUUUUUGUGCUCUCUUCUUUUGUCACAGUUUUCAUGUAGUAAUAAUAAUAGUCUCCUAUUUCAUCUGUUCAAAUGCAGUUUCUUGCUGCUUUAAACAUUCUGCAUGUGUUCAUACUCAAGUCCUUAAUUUAAACAAUGCCAGAUGUCACACAA